GAGCAAAGAGCAGGACGAUAUGGAAGCAUCAAUGACAUCUGGCAACCAGGCACCAGGCGGCAGCUAGUGUCAGGUGUCUCCGAGUUUCCUCAAUAUUCCACGGAAGUUCAUACAGGAAUUGAGGAAGCUGCAAACAUGGAACCGUCUCCGUUCACUCGACAGACGUGGGAGUCGCAGUCGUUGCGUGUCACUGCGAAGGAGUUGUCACUGGUCAGCCGGCGAGGGAAGAACAACGCCAUUGCCGAGCGCUUCUCCAAGUACCAGAGAGCUGCAGAUGAGGUAAAUUCAGAGAAGAAAAAAAGGGGCUUUGAAAGUGCCUCCUCCCUUCGCUCAAAUAACUUGAGUGCUUUGAAGAAACGCUGGGAACAAGCUGGGAACAUUGGUACCCAAGACAAGGCUCCAUUCAUCUCCUCACCUAUACUAUCUCACGGCGCACCGCACAUCCCAGUCCGGGCAGGUCCUGGGAGUGAGCAGCCCCCUCAUCCUCCUCCCCCGCCACCUCUUUCUCCUCCUCCUCCUCCAAAAAACCUAGUGUAUCACCAGCCUCCUCAGGAAGAGCCACAAAGUCCAAACACUACGACCUUUACACUCUCGGCAGCUCUACAAAGAGCCGAAAAAAAAGAACAAGAAGAAGAAGAGAGGGGGAUGGACAAAGAUCACCUGACAGACUUCAAGACACCAGAAGAGCUUGAAGAGCAAGUUCCAGCUAGUCCCCGUGAAAAACCAAGUUUGCUAUUAAACAAUCUGAAGAUGAGGUUUGAGAGGACAGCGGACGUCCCAGAAAAGGCUGGCAGACCCUUUCUAAAAAGUGCCUCGUCAGAAGAUAUGGACCAAACCUCUGUGUGUGACCGCCUGCUGGAGAAGUCAUCGCUGAGGGAGAAGCUGGCCAAAUACACUGCUGCUGUUUCCAAACAAAGCAACUCUAAAACUUCUGUCUCCUCAGAUGUGCUUCCCUCCAAAAUAUCCAUACCUGCAAUCCGUAAAGUCAAAGGUUUACCUGAGUGCAAUGGGAGCAGCAGCAAUGACGGCCCCAAAGUAACCAGGAAGUUCUGCCCUCCGGUCAAGGAGACGUGCGUCGCUUGCCAGAAGACGGUGUACCCUCUGGAGAGGCUGGCGGCUCUUCAGCACGUCUACCACAAAAGCUGCUUCCGCUGUGUUCACUGCAGCACAAAACUCAGCCUGGGCAACUUUGCCUCCCUUCACGGCAACGUGUACUGCAAGCCCCACUUCAGCCAGCUCUUCAAAGCCAAGGGAAACUACGACGAGGGAUUCGGCCGUCGGCCUCACAAGGAGCUGUGGAAGCCUCGCAAAGAUGGCGACGAAGACGAGGAGGAGGAGGCGGCGGCGACGAAGCCCAAAGAACAAGCUGCGCCGGCGAGGAGGCCGUCAGUAGAGAGUCUGCAAGACGGACCGCGGACGCCCUCCGUGGAAGCGCCGGCGCAGGUCAAAGUCACCGACAUCACCGCCCACAUGGAGACAAGGAUGCAAACACUCGCCAGCGCUGCGGAGAAGCCGGCCGAGACCCGCCGGUUGAGGAUCGCGUGGCCGCCCCCAGCUGGCGAGGCUCACUCAGGCACGGGAAUACGCAGCCCGUCCGCCGAGGGGGUCGCUUCCGGGCGAACUUGGAGAGCCAAGUGGCCUCCAGAGGACGAUUCGCCAUCAUCGUCAUCCGCAGUGGCGUCGUCGCAAAGCGCCGAGCGUGCUGAGCUGAAGAGCCUGAGGAGGAGCUCCUCCCUAAAGGAGCGCAUUCGACCCUUCACCAUGGUCGCCAUGCCCGGCCCAGAAGCCAACCUGAGUCCCAGGGAGCCGCGACGCCCUCUCAAGGCCCUGCUGGAGUGGAGAACAUCACUGGAGGAAAGAUCCAGAGAGAAAGUGCAGCUGCAAAGGAAGGCAGAAGAGGAGGGCAAGGCCGCGGAGGAGGCAGCAGGCGCCUUUCAAAGCAGCGCGGAGGAGGCGGAGCCUCGGCAGGAAGAACUUCAACACGCGCAGGAAGAACGCCAACACGCGCAGGAAGAACGCCAACACGCGCAGGAAGAACGUCAACACGCGCAGGAAGAACGCCAACACGCGCAGGAAGAACGCCAACACGCGCAGGAAGAAAGUCCGCCCGCAGACGGCUCGCUGAAGAGCAUCUCUCCUGACGUCUCUGCUUCCCCCUCGCCGCCCACAAUGCCCAAACAGAACCGCGCCUCGCAGGACGUCGGCUUUUGGGAGGAGGACAAGCAGGAGAGCGACGGCGACGAGCUGACUGUGGAGGACUUCAUCAAAAGGAACCGUCACUACGACGACGACGAGGAGGAGGAGUCUGAAUGAGACCAGCAUCUUGUGGUGACGUUGCAAUAUUAUUACUUUUUUUGCUUGAACUGAUUACAUUCCUACGCUCUUCAGAUUGGAACUUUCUCAGGUGUACAAAAAUGUUAAGCCUUAAAGGGGAACUUUACUUUUUUGGAACAUUGCCUGUCAUUCACACGCCUUAUUGUGUCGUUCUGCAUUCUCCUAAGUCGGCAAGCACAAGUUGUAGUAGGAGUAUUCUAUUGUGCUCAUAAAGCCCUCCAGAAAAACGUUCAGAAUCAUCCAACAAGACUCCCAUUCCAUGUCGUGACCUGAAUAUGAACCAUUAGACAUUUUGUUAUUAUUGCUAACUAGCUCACGCAGCUACAGUCUUGACAUAAAGCUGGGGAAAGUGAAUUGUAGAUUAUAAAUCAUGCAUCUCACCUGGAUAGAUCGUGGUCAUAAACCGAGAAGUUGGUCAACUGUGACAUUCAAUUUAGAGCCGGAAAAUACAUGAAAAAAAUGCUUGUUUUUUUUUACCCUUUGUGAGGAUUUUGAUUUAAUUGAUGUUAACAUCCCAUCACUCGGCAUCUCAGUGAGAGCAGACAUUGUACAGUAAAUGGUUGUUUUAU